CACGAAUCUGAGAGUCGAGGUGACGACGAAUGUGGAAAAAUUCCGAAAGUUUCGGAUUACCUUAUACACUGGGGAGAACGUGCUUCGCCUGGAGAGAUACCGUGGGCGGCUCUUCUUCUUCUGGAUGACAGCGGAUGGCGGAAAGCAAAACCUUCAGCAGACCCCUGCGAGUGGUACUUGGAAGCCGAUGUACAAGAUAUCCCUGUGAGCACAUGGAACUACAUCGAGUACGAAAUGUACAUCUACUUCCCUCAAGACGCAAAGUACGGUAACCCGCACGAUAUCGCCAUUGUUCAACUCGAGAAACCAGUGAUGGAGAAAGGAGUCUGGCCGAUCUGUCUCCCUUCAGAGCAUGACCAGAUACUUCGUGGAGAAAUUGCACGUGUUGCUGGAUGGGGAAUCGAU